GUGCAGCCCUAAAAAGACAAAACGUAAAAAUAAAUACAUAAUAAAAACACAAAUGAGCAUGAGGGCGGCCAUCUUACUGCCUUUAAAUUCACGCGUUUCUGGCCUUGGCAAGAAACAAAUGGUGGUGGGAGACGACGGAUGACAGAAGCGGAAGUGGUGUCUCCACCGCAGCAGAUCCACGGCCUUGGGCCCUUUGCUGGGCACCUGCUCACUUGGUAAAUGCCUGCUCCCAUCACUGUGAGGGCGCAUGCGGCUCGCCCCAGCGGGCGAGGGUGGCAGCAGACGCUCACUGCUUUGUCUCGGGACACCGGUUACGCCCAGGCUUCCCGUCACAGGACGGGUAUCAGGGACUGCGGUGGGCAUCACUCGGCAAAGGGGAAUAAAGACUGCAGGUGGGGUGCGCCUGCCGAGGCGUUUUCGAUGAUUCCUGGCCCAGCCCUAGGGCGCGGGUUAAAGAACGCGGGGCAGGUCGCAGCUGCGGCUCGGAUUCACCCCCGGACCAGGAAGUUCCAUACGACGUGGGGGCGGCCGAGAAAAGGGAGCAAACGACUGGAGGUGAACUGAGCUUGCUAAUCAGUUGCCCCCAGGGAGGGAAGCCGUCCUGGAUUAUCUGUGAAGAUUCAGUGCGACCACAAGGGCCUUUCCAGCAGGAGGGACUCGGGAGGAGACACAGGGGAGUGGCCGACUUUGAAGACCUGGGGGGGUGGACACGACACGCUGACAUCUUGCUGAUCCAGGAAGUUCCAGAGAGUAGGAGAUAAAGCCUCGCUAAUGAAGCUCUCAGGGUCAUAGAUCUGGGACCUGCCCGGACGCCCCGAGGCAGAGUAAACUACUACACCUCGGACGGCCUUCCAUCAGGGGCCAGAGGCUCUGGCUGAGGCGUGAGCUGCUGGGCUGCUGGGCUGAGCGACCGGCAGGUCUGAUGAGCUGAAGGCACCGGCGGGAGAACCGCGCCGAGGGGACUCUGGCGAGAGCCCGGCACACACAGCAUAGACUUCAGGCUCCAGAGCGAGGCCACGGCUUCCCCGGCAGAACAGCUCCCGGUGCCGUCGGCCCCGGCGCACCCGGGACUCCAGCCUGCGCACCAGAGGACAAGCAACCUGGGUUCCCCACCCCAGCCAAGGUCCUCGCUCCACGGACGGGUGGCACAGGCGGACAGAGGGAUCCAAGGACACCCACACUCCUCUGGCCUGUGCUGCUGGAGCGGCCCCGCCCAUGCCACCAGCACUCCUGGGGGAGGUGGUGGAGGAGGGAGGGACUCGGGCUGGAUCCGCAGAGCUCAGUCCACGUGGGGCCCGCUGCCACAUCACAGCUCCUGGCUCAGGACGCCCUGAAGGACAGUGGUGGGGGCUCCCCCGGGGGGGCUGCUUAGCCACUUCCCGUGGUGGAAAGAGCAGAUACACGGACGCCAGGAAAACAGCGAAGGGCUUGGCUGGUCCAUCGGGAGCCUGAAAUGAGCAAGCCUCCAACCACAGUGACAGGCGGGCCUGGGGAAAGGCACACAGGUGGUGCUGCCGCAGGGCCAGGUCUGAGGGUACCGAGCAGCCAGGGGCGGCUCUGCGUCUCCCAGCCAAUUCCCCCGACAGAGCCCACCGCGGAGGAGGCAUCGGAGAGGCAGGUGGACAUCACAGCUGUCCUGUGGACGCUGGCCACCAGUGCCUAGGCAAAGGCCCGUGAAUGGAGGGGCCGAGGUGGCCGGGAUGGUGGUGACACAUGGGCCCAAGAGCACAUGCCCCUCUAAUCAAGGCCGAUCUGGACCCGUUCUGCCGAGUAGCCUUUAGGUCGACUCAGACACUCUGGCUGACAAUUGGGGCAGAUCAUCAGAAGCGCGGGGGGUGACAGGAGGGCAACACUGAUCCACGCGAUGCUGCCCCGGGGGACGAAUGCAAAGAAGGCGCUGGGCCAGUGAAUGGCCACGAGGCCUUGCCCCGGGCUCAUGAGACUCCUGAGCAGGGAAGAAGGUGGGGCCCCGUGCACAGCCUCCACCCCGGGCCCGGGCAGAGCCGUCCCGCGUGACACCUCGCAUGGCGAGGAUGGCACGGCUUCCGGCUGGGAUGGAGCCCAUUGUACGGCCGCACCUGCAGACCCGCCCGCUCACCCCAAACGCAGUCCUGGCACCUGUCUUGCCUCUGAGCCGGCACCCACUUCUAGCAGAAAGAGGCGAUGCCACGGCCCGCCCUGCCUUAGUCCUUGUCAGACAGAGCUCUGGCCUCAGAGAAGAGUGGAAGGCUGGAAGCCCUGACCGGGUAAGGUUGGGCUCGGUCUGGAAAGUUCCGUGGGGGCCCACGUUCCACCACAGAAAUCAAAAUGGGGGAGCGGGUGUCUGACCCCUCCCUGACACAGGAGUGUGGUUCAAGGCCGGACCACCCUUCCCACCCGGCGCCUAGAUCUUGAGCAGUGACCCCAGGUCGGAACAAUCAGAAGCGACACUCGCAGAGCCGCAGAGUCGAGAGCAGAGGCGCGGACGGCCGCUACUCAUCCUCACCGGACACUUUCUGGGGCCUGAGCUGCCCUGUUCUCUGCUUCCCUCCCCUCUGCCUCUUUCUGAGCCCAAACCUCCUGCGGCUGGACAGCCUUCCGGUCCCUGGCCCCGAAAUGGCCCGUCGCUCCCAGAGCUCCUCACAGGGGGACAACCCUCUGGCCCCCGGGUACCUGCCACCUCACUACAAAGAGUACUACCGCCUGGCAGUGGACGCAUUGGCCGAGGGCGGCCCAGAGGCCUACAGCCGCUUCCUGGCGGCCGAGGGGGCCCCUGCCUUCUUGUGCCCCGAGGAGCUGGAGCACGUGAGCCGCCACCUUCGGCCCCCGCAGCAUGUAGCCCUGGAGCCCCCUGAAGGCAGCCCGCCCAACGUGGACUUCGAUGGCUCCUCUGGCACCUACUGGCCUGUAAACUCGGACCAGGCCGUGCCUGAACUCGACCUGGGCUGGCCCCUGACCUUCGGCUUCCAGGGCACCGAGGUCACCACACUGGUGCAGCCGCCACCACCUGACAGCCCCAGCAUCAAGGACGAGGCUAGAAGGAUGAUCCGCUCCGCCCAGCAGGUGGUGGCCGUGGUGAUGGAUAUGUUCACCGACGUGGACCUUCUUGGUGAAGUGCUGGAGGCCGCCGCGCGCCGGGUCCCCGUCUACAUCCUCCUAGACGAGAUGAACGCGCAGCACUUCCUGGACAUGGCCGACAAGUGCCGCGUCAACCUGCACCACGUGGAUUUCCUGCGCGUGCGCACUGUGGCGGGCCCCACCUACUACUGCCGCACUGGGAAGUCCUUCAAGGGCCACGUGAAGGAGAAGUUCCUCCUGGUGGACUGUGCCGUGGUGAUGAGUGGGAGCUACAGCUUUAUGUGGUCCUUCGAGAAGAUCCACCGGAGCCUGGCCCACGUGUUCCAGGGCGAGCUGGUCUCCAGCUUCGAUGAGGAAUUCCGCAUCCUCUUCGCACAGUCCGAGCCACUGGUACCCUCCGCCGGGGCUCUGGCCCGCAUGGACGCCUACGCGCUGGCUCCAUACGCGGGGGCUGGGCCCCUCACGGGCGGCCAGGUGCCCGGGGCGCCGACCCCUUUCUCCUUCCCCAAACGAGCCCACCUCCUGUUCCCACCGCCUCGGGAGGAAGGCCUGGGCUUCCCCUCCUUCCUCGACCCCGACCGCCACUUCCUGUCAGCCUUCCGCCGAGAGGAGGCCCCGCGGAUGCCCGGCGGCGCCCUGGAGCCGCACUUGGGGCUGCGGCCGCUGUCGCGGCGUCUGGACGACGCGGGCCCAGGCGGGGAGCUGGCGGGCCCGCGGGGCUUCUUUCAGGCGCGGCACCUGGAGAUGGACGCCUUCAAGAGGCACAGCUACGCGGCGGCCGACGGUACGGGCGCCGUGGAGAACUUCGCCUCCGCGCGGCAGGUGUCCAGGCAGACGUUCCUCAGCCACGGCGACGACUUCCGCUUCCAGACCAGCCAUUUCCACCGCGACCAGCUCUACCAGCAGCACUACCAGUGGGACCCGCAGCUCGCCCCGGCGCGCCCGCAGGGCCUGUUCGAGAAGCUGCGCGCCGGCCGCCCCGGCUUCGCCGACCAUGACGACUUUGCCCUGGGCGCCGGGCCACGCUUCCCGGAGCUCGGCCACGAAGGCCACCAGCGGCUGGACUACGUGCCGUCCAGUGCGUCACGGGAGGUGCGCCACGGCUCGGACCCCGCCUUCGGGCCUGGGCCCCGUGCUCUGGAAGCCGGCGGGGCCUCCCGCCCUAACCUGGGCCAGCGCUUCCCUUGCCAGGCGGUGACGAGGCCAAGCCCAGAGACUGCGCCCGAGGCGGAGCCGGAGCGCAGGGGCGGCCCGGAGGGGCGCGCGGGACUGCGGCACUGGCGCCUGGCCUCCUACCUGAGCGGCUGCCACGGUGAGGACGCUGGCGAGGAGGGCCUGCCCGCGCCCAUGGAGGCCGAGGCCUAUGAAGACGACGUCCUGGUUUCUGGAGGCCGGGCGGCCGCCGGGGACCUGCUUCCCUCGGCCUUCCGUGUGUCAGGGUCCUUCCCAGCCAAGGGCCCGGUGCCAGGCUGCAGCAGCGGUGGUGGCGAGGGCCUGGAGCGUGAGGGCCCGGAGGAGGCAGGCCUGGCCAAGCAGGACUCUUUCCGCUCACGCCUGAACCCGCUGAUCCAGCGCAGCUCCAGGCUGCGCUCCUCGCUCAUCUUCAGCGCAUCGCAGGCGGAGGGCGCGGGCGGGGCCCCUGCAGCCGCCACUGAGAAGGUGCAGCUGCUGCACAAGGAGCAGGCGGUCAGCGAGAUGCUGGGAUCCGGCGGUGAGACUGUGCGCUCCUCUGCCUCCACCAAGGUGGCCGAGCUCCUGGAGAAGUACAAGAGCCCGCCUCAAGACCCCGGAGGCACGGGGGCCGCAGGCACGGUCACCAGCCACAGCAAGGCUGUCCUGUCGCAGGCUUGGCGGGAGGAGGUGUCGGCGCCCGGGGGUCCAGGGACCGAGCGCCGCAGCCUCGAAAGCUGCCUGCUGGACCUGCGCGACUCCUUCGCACAGCGGCUGCACCAGGAGGCUGAGCGGCAGCCUGGAGCUGCCACUCUCACUGCCACUCAGCUGCUGGACACGCUGGGCCGGGGUGGCGGCGGCACUGACCGGCUGCCCUCCCGCUUCCUCUCGGCGCAAGGGCGGGACAGCCCCCCACUGGAGGGGCCUGGGGCACACCAGGCACCCUACUCUGAGCCAAAAGGGAGCUCCACCUCGGCCUACCCGGAGCGGAAGGAGAGUCCCACGCCUGGGCUUCCCACCCGCAGAGGCAGCCCCACCACAGGAUUUACUGAGCAGAAAGGGAGCCCCACCUCUGCCUACCCUGAGCGCAGGGGCAGCCCGGUGCCUCCUGUCCCCGAGCGCAGGGGCAGCCCGGUGCCUCCCGUGCCCGAGCGCAGGGGCAGCCCGGUGCCUCCCGCCCCGGAGCGUCGGGGCAGCCUCACCCUUCCCUUCUCUGGGGAGUCUCCAAAGACCGGGCCCACAGAGGAGGCGGCUGGUGGCCCCAUGGAAGUCCUGCGCAAGGGCUCUGUGCGGCUGAGGCAGCUGCUGAGCCCCAAGGGCGAGCGGCGUGCCGAGGCCGAGGGCAGCUUCCCAGCCCCGCAGGAGAACGGGCAGCCUGAGAGCCCCCGGCGCCCUUCUCUAGGCCGGGGUGACAGCGCAGAGGCUGCCGCGGGAGAUGAGCGGGGCCCCAGGGCGCGUGUGGCCUCGGCCACCGCCAAUGCCUUGUACAGCAGCAACCUGCGGGAUGACACGAAGGCCAUUCUGGAGCAGAUCAGCGCGCACGGCCAGAAGCACCGGGGCGGCCCCGCGCCAGCCCCGACCCCGGCCCGCGGCAGCCCUGAGCUCGCUCACCCCCCAGCCGCCGGCGGCCUGGCCCCCGACAUGUCCGACAAGGACAAGUGUUCGGCCAUCUUCCGCUCCGACAGCCUGGGGACCCAGGGCCGGCUGAGCCGCACGCUGCCCGCCAGCGCCGAGGAGCGCGACCGGCUGCUGCGCCGCAUGGAGAGCAUGCGCAAGGAGAAGCGCGUCUACAGCCGCUUCGAGGUCUUCUGCAAAAAGGAGGAGCCCGGGGGCCCGGGGGCUGGAGGGAGCCCGGCGGAGGAGGACGCCAGGGACAGCAAGGUGGGCAAGUUCAUGCCCAAGAUCCUGGGCACCUUCAAGAGCAAGAAAUGAGUCUCCCAGGGCAGGGUGCCCGCGUUCUGGCCCCCUGGCAGGCGGAAGACCUGGCCCUGAGCCGGAGCACCUGGAACCCGGCUCUACGGGAGGCUCACCCGCUGGUGGUCCUCCCUGCCCCUCGGCCUCUGCCCUCAGGCCUGCCGCCGCCAGGUGCCCCGGGCCUCCGUCCUCCAGGUCUGGCUCCUCUCCCUCACACCGGCGUCUCUGGACCCUCAGCCUCUUGCUUCUUACACAUCUGUCUCCGUUGUUUGGACUUCAGGGACCCGUUUCUCUGUGCCUCUGUCCCCGUAUUUUGGGGUGCCCAUCUCUGUGCCUCAGCCCCCGUAUUUUGGGGGUCACCUCUGUGCCUCAGUCCCCGUAUUUUGGGGGUCACCUCUGUGCCUCAGCCCCCGUAUUUUGGGGGUCACCUCUGUGCCUCAGUCCCCGUAUUUUGGGGGUCACCUCUGUGCCUCAGCCCCCAUAUUUUGGGCACCAUCUCUCUGCCCCAGUCCCCCAUUCUGUGGGGGUCCUCGUGUCUCAGGGCUCGCCUCUGCUCACGGCUCCUGGCUGUGCUGCCCUCACCCUGCUGUCUCCGCUCUGCCUGGCAGCCCAGGACCCCACAGGACUCCCCCCCUGCCACCUCCACCUCAGGUCUCUGGGGACUCACUUCCUGCCUUGCCCCUCCUCACGCCUCCAUCCCUGCCCCCUGGAACCUUUUUUGGUGGCCCGUCCUUUCACUGUUGGGGAGGGGGGAGUGUAUGGCCACUGGGGGUCCUUGAGGGGCUGCCUUGUUGAGAACAGAGACACGUGGCCGGCACCGAGCGAGGAAUGCGCACCAGGCUUUGCAGUAGUAAGUCGGAUGGAUGGUGUGAGGCCCCGGCCUCAUGAAGGGUUCCUGACAGACGCAUGUUCACAAGUGCCAUCCUCAGCCACGCCCCUGACGGGGGCUGGAGGCGGAGCUCUUGUUCUGUGGCACCUGAGCCCCAACCCGCUACUCAGAGGGGCCCUGGUGCCCAUGAGGUGGGCAUGGUCCUUGCCCUGCAGACGCCCAGCAAACCCCGACUGCACCCUCUUCUGCAGCCUUUCCCCUUGGUCACCAAUCCCAGAAUCUGUCCAGGGUGUCCCCACUUAGCUUUCUUGUAUCUUCUUUUAGCUCCAGAUAGUAACUUUGAUCUGGAUGACACACUUUGGCACCAAAUGCUCAGACAGUUCCCACUGUAGGUGCUAGUAUUGUUAAAUUAAUGUUUGUGCAAUUUUUUUUUUAAUGGCCGCCCCCCCGGGCCAAGUUCCCAGGCCAGGGAUCGAAUCCCAGCUGCAGGUGAGAUCUGCACUGCAGCUGCGCCAGCACUGGCUACAGAGCCAGGCCAAGGAUUGAACCCAUGGCUCCGCGGCAGCCUGAGCUGCUGCAGUAAGAUUCUUAACCCACUGUGCCACAGCAGGAACUCCUAUGCUGUUUCUUUUUAAAUAGUUUUGGGGGUCUUUUUAAGCAUUAGAAAUCCCAGUUGGAGUUCCCAUCCGUAGCUCAGUGGCAACGAACCCGACUAGUAUCCAUGAGGACGUGGGUUUGAUCUCUGGCCUUACCCUUAGGGGCUUAAGGAUCCAGUGUUGCCAUGAGCUGUGGUGUGGCUCAGAUUCCGCGUUGCUGUGGCUGUGGCUGGGAUCUGCAGUUGCGAUUCGACCCCUAGCCUGGGAACUUCCAUAUGCUGCAAGCGUGAAUCCAAAAAUAAAUAAAUAAAAAUAAAAAGGUGAAAGAAACCUCAGUUGCUCAGACUGGGAAAGGACUUAAGCAACGAGAGCACAGAGUGAGGCUGCAGCCUUGACUGAGCGCCAGAAAAGGGGGGUGGAGAUGGCAGGACCCUUCUGCUCCCUGGCAGCUCACAGUCUGGUUACCAAAGCCACUUCCCAGGCAGGGGUGACAAUAGGGACUUCAGUCUGGGUGGAAAAUGUCCCUGGGGAGCCAGACAGACUGGAGCCUUUCUGGGCCUCAAUGUGCUUUUUGAUCAUGUUAGUUUGCCUGGCCUGGCGCACGGCUGUCCUGAGCAGACCUGGCCAGGCCUGUGGCUGGCGAGAGCCUUGCAGGAAGUAGAGGCUCUGCGAGUGGAGAGGCCAGAGCCCUCGGAGCCUCCCGCCUGCACCCUCCAUGUCCUGUUGGAUACGACAACUCAAAUGUGACUCUGCACAUUUUGGUGUUAAUAAUAAAACACUGCCAAAGUA